CCCCCCCCACUUCUGAAGGCGAUAGCAGGAUAGAAAACAGCCGUAAUGGGUAACAAUUGAAGAGAAAAGAGGACGACUCAGAUCGUAAUUGUAUAAAAUACUUACAGUUUUGCUCGUCUCUCUACCUUUUUUUUUUUUCUCCCCCCCCCCCCCCCCCCCCACUUCUGAAGGCGAUAGCAGGAUAGAAAACAGCCGUAAUGGGUAACAAUUGAAGAGAAAAGAGGACGACUCAGAUCGUAAUUGUAUAAAAUACUUACAGUUUUGCUCGUCUCUCUACCUUUUUUUUUUUUCUCCCCCCCCCCCCCCCCCCCCUGUAGGUGGAAUCGCAGCUGUUCGAUAAUGAGCUUUGUACUGUUUUUGUCGAGCUGGGCCUGCUGCUGAUUACGAUAGUUCUUCCAUCAUAUUGUUCAAGUAUUCUUCGUUUCUUUUUGUUUCACUCUUCUGUGUCGCUAGUUUUGGAGAAUAGUUUGAAAUGGAAAGAAAGCAAGGAUUCUUCUCGGCGCUUAAGGGGGAGAUAGUAAGAGGGCUUUCACCUGGAAGGUCAAGAGCGAAAAGUCCGGCGAGAAGUGCGUCCCCCAUGUCGAGUUUACUACGGCGGAGGAAGACCCACCAACUGUCGCAACCGGACUUGAUGAUUGAGAGAUCAGGAAACUUAAGGCCAGAGGAGGCAUUGUCACCGUUGAAGGAAGGGCCCGACGGGAACGAGAGCAGCGAUUCAAAGGAGGGGAAAUGGGGAAACUGGAUGAGGGGUCAGCUUUGUAGGGCACCUUCUGCUGUUUCUUGCUCUGCCCAAAAACGAUCUGAUCUGAGGCUGCUGCUUGGGGUUUUGGGUGCUCCGUUAGCUCCUGUUCAUGUUAGCUCCGCCAAGCCUCUGCCCCACCAAGCCAUUAAAGACAUCCCCAUUGAAAAUUCAUCUGCUCAGUAUAUAUUGCAGCAGUACACAGCAGCCUCAGGAGGGCAAAAACUUCAAAAUUCUGUAUGCAAUGCCUAUGCCAUGGGAAAGGUAAAAAUGAUAGCAUGUGAGUUUGAAACAGCUAACAAAGUGGUCAGGACCCGUAAUUCCUCCAAAGAUGCAGAGUCGGGCGGGUUCGUUUUGUGGCAAAUGAAGCCAGAUAUGUGGUAUGUUGAGCUUGCUCUUGGAGGUAGCAAGGUUCAUGCUGGUUGCAAUGGAAAGCUAGUGUGGAGGCACACGCCUUGGCUUGGCGCUCAUGCCGCCAAAGGGCCUGUUAGACCCCUUCGCCGUGCCCUUCAGGGUCUUGAUCCAAAAACUACAGCAAGCAUGUUUGCUAAUGCAAGAUGCAUUGGAGAAAAGAGUGUUAAUGGUGAAGAUUGUUUCAUCCUCAAGCUCUGUACAGAUCCUCCAACAUUGAAGGCAAGAAGUGAAGGACCUGCAGAGAUAAUCAGGCACACUAUGUUUGGAUGCUUCAGCCAGAAAUCAGGCCUCCUUGUACAUUUAGAAGAUUCACAUUUAACCCGAAUCCAAAACAACGGGGGCGAUGCUGUGUAUUGGGAAACCACGAUUAAUUCGUUUCUUGACGAUUACCGACAAGUCGAGGGGAUUAUGAUUGCUCACUCGGGUCGAUCUGUAGUAACCCUUUUCAGAUUUGGGGAAACAGCCAUGAGCCAUUCAAAAACCAGGAUGGAAGAAGCUUGGACUAUAGAGGAAGUAGCAUUCAAUGUCCCUGGGCUGUCCAUUGAUUGUUUCAUUCCCCCGGCUGAACUUAGAUAUGCUUCCAUGAGCGAGGCCUGCGAUUCCUCUCGAGGUCAUCAUGGCUUUAAGAAGGCUGUGGCAGCAACAGCUUAUCGUGCCAAAGUCGCAGCGCUAGAGAAGAAUCAGGGCAACAAGGUCCAAGUUAUCUGGAAACCAGAGACCUGAACCAGCUCCCAACAACUCUCCAAGGAUGGAGAUGGAGAUAUUUCUAAACAAAUCUCCUUUUAUGAAACAUCGCCAUCUAAACAUAAUUAUUAACGAUGAUACUGAAAAUGAUCAAGGAACAAACGCCGUUCUAUGACGUCAAUUCUUUUUGUAAGGAAAAAUCAUGGGUUUUAACCUAAAAAUUCAUUUAUCAUCAAAUUAUUAUUGCGCAAUUUAACAUUCAAGUUUACAUUUUUAGUUCUUUCGUUAUGACAAUUAAAAAUUCAUUUAUCAUAAAAUUAAGGGGAAUAAUGUUCCUUACAAAAAAUUUCCCUGGAACUACGGCGGUUCGAAUCCGAUGAAUAUCCCGUCACAUCUCCUCGUCAUGGUCCGUGUUCCCUUCGUAAUCGGCGACAAUGAUCUGUACACCCUUACGCUUAUAAAUCCCUUCGAACCACCGUUUGAUUUCCGAUUCAAUCUCUGUUUUUUAUCUGCUCCCUUUCACCUGAUUCCGAAACCUAUCUCCGAUUACGCGACUUAAAAUGAGCUGGUGGUGGGCCGGAGCGAUUGGCGCUGCUAAG